AUUGUUAUAGUUGUCACUCCAGCGUAUACGUCUGUACAAGACCUACAUACUAAAUCGGAUAAAAUUGUCUUUAACACAAACAGCCAAGAUGAGGAUACUGACAGCGAGUUUAUUAUUUUGUCUAUUCGCUGUUUCCAUAACCGAAGCUGACAAAUGCGAAGGAAAACGAGACAUAGUUUUUCUUCUCGACAUGUCGGGAAGUGUUGGCGAGUACAAUUUCCGUACGACAAUGUUAAACACCGUUGCCAAAAUAUCAAACAAUUUCUACAUUGGACCAUACAACACUCAAAUUGGAGUAGACGUGUUUUCAACAUCCUCCAAAACAUCCAUAAAAUUGAAAGACUAUAGAAACGGAUACUCUCUUAAUCGCGCAAUUAGAAGAAUUAAAUAUGAAGGUGGCUAUACAAAUACUUACCUUGGUCUGAACCAUGUCCGACGCCACAGCCUCUCAUAUAGAUAUGGACACAGAUCUGGUGUACCACGAAUUGCCAUUGUCCUCACGGACGGAAAAUCUCAGCAUAAAAGUAAAACUUUGACCGCAGCUAGAAAUUUGAAGUAUGCAGGAGUUAAAAUAUUUUCUGUUGGAAUUGGGAAUGGUAUUGACUGGGCUGAAGUUAACGGUAUAGCAUCUUAUGGCAGGAAAAGAGCUGCUCAGAAAAUGUCUUUAAUGGUGCAAAACUUCAAAGAACUUAAUACACCUUCAUUCAGACAUCGAAUUACAAAUAUGGCAUGUAAUGUGGGUUCCUUUAUCAAACGUAAGCCUCUUCCCCAGUCCAGACCUUCUAUGUUUAAAGGAUUAAUCUCAAAGAUAUAAUGAUUAUGCAUGUGUUCCGUAUGACGAGACAAAGACUUGUUUAUCAUACAAAAUAAAUAUUGCAACCAC